CCUGGACAAGUCCGAGUGCUGGGCUGGUCCAUGCUAUGUGCCCAUGGCAGCAGACUGGGGCUUGGGGGGGAUAUCCAGUUGCGCCAUGUCUCUAAAGGGUGGUUGACUUCUUCAAACUCAAAUGAGGCAUCCUGUGCAUCGAUGACAUUUGCACUGCGGUGAGCGGGGUCAAGUUAGUCUGUUCAUUCCGGGUAGUGAGCAUGUGUCUUGUGGAUAUAGUUCUGGGUACACCUUGCAUGGCUAGCCAGUGGAAGCCAAGGUCAGGUUGCAACCAUUUACAGAAAGUCUGCUGCUCGUGGGGUUUCCUUCCCUGUUCAAAACGAGAACUGAGUCCUUGCAGGUCCAGGCAUCAAGGGGGGCCCGCAGUCCCUCUGUGCUGUGCCCUGGUGUGGGACAGCAGAGGUGGGCUGUGAGCCACCAGCUGCUUGUGGGGCACCAGCACGUCGCAUCCCACCAUGUAGCACUCAAAGCUGAAUGAUGAUGCUAGUCCCCGACUGUGGCUGUAGAGCUGUCCCUCCUGUCCAUAUCUCACUUUGACUCCUUAUGGUUCCGGUUUUAUUUCCAUUUAAGCACUGUGAGGAUGCUUGUCUUGGGGCGGUGGGGUGGACUGCAGGCUUCCACAGCUGCUCUCAGGGCUCCUCUGAGCUGGAUGCUGAGUGGUGAGCCCACCACCCAGGUCUUGCUUUAGCAGCCCUAUUGUGGUUUGUAAUAAUGCUGUCUCAGGGUGAUGUCGAAUGUCCGGGCUGAAUAAACUGCAGACAGGAAAAUGUUUGCGCAUGGCAGGCAGCUCCUGUGCUUCUUCCCUGGUGGGAAUUGUGCAGCUUAAUUUGAGAGCUUUCAAUUACGGGAACGCAGCAAUCCUCAGGGGUGAGGCCGGGUGGUGGAUCCAGCAGAACUGGGGGGAUCUGAUGGCUUUCCAAGGUGGUUGGUGCCGGUCUUGUGUCCCCUCCUGGGAGGCUGUGAGUAGGAUCGAGUGGUUCCUCAGGGCAGAAGGGAAUGAGAUGCAGCAGAAGCUGUGCAUAGGCACAGGGCUGUGUGUGCUGCCUGCUCGCUGCAGCUGAAUCACAGGCAGAAGCAGAAACCUCCCAGAGUUAUUUUAUGCCUUUUAUUAUUUUUUUUCCCCUCUUGCGUCGCUGCUCACACUCAGCACUUAUCUGCAGCAGGCAGGAACGGCUGCGGCAGCUGCCAGAGCAAGGGUUCCUCUCCCUUUGUGCAGGUUGUGUUACAGCUGGGGACAAGGAUGUCCCCCAAACCAAAGGCUCCUGGCAAGCAGCUAGGGGAGGGGAGGCAGGCAGUAAAUGAUUUGAGCUUGGGGAUGGGGAUCACCCAGGUGGUAACAGGCAGGGGGUAAGCUCCCCAGCCCCCCAGGGCUGCCAGAAACCAGCUGGGCCAGCAUCGGGCCGUGGUUUUUCAGGCUUUGUGGUGAAAGAUCCAAGCCACUGCUGUGGACUGUGUCAUGCCCACCAAGGCUUUGCACCCCUGCAGGGCAGCAGCCAGCCCCCAAAAGUGAUGCGGUGGGGACGGUGCAGCCCACCAGGCCCCAGCCUCAGUGCUGGCCCUGUCGGUGGCAGAUGGUGUCUCGUGCCAUGCAGGAUCCUAUCCUGCUCCCUUCAGCUGGCUGUGUUGGAGCCCUGGAAAGGGGGCACCUCCUCCUCCGUCCCUGACACCCCGUUCCCCUCCCGGCUUGUCAUCGUCCCCAUCGCGGGCCGCGGCAGAUCCCCCCAGGUGAGCUGCCUGCCACUUGCUCCAUCCACCUGGGACCCUGUGAGCCGAUCCCCCCCGGGCCGUGUGGGCUUCACCGGACCCCUUCCCGCGGCAGCAGCGCCCCGCGGUGCUGGUGGCAGUGUCUGUCCCCCCAUUACCCUGCUGCACUGCUCGGGGGCCUGUCUGGGGUGGGGACAGGGCACACGGCAGGGCCACGGUCACGGCGAGUGGCACCGUCGGGAGCCCUUGGGGCACGAGUGCGGCCGACCGAGCCGGCCGGCGGGGAAGCGGCUUGUGCGGCGUUUUGCUGGGCUGGCCCUUUAAGAGCUUCUCCCCCACCGCGGAGCGGGCAGUAGGCGGGACCUGGGCGGCGCUCUGCACCAAUCACGAGCUAGGAAUGAGAAGUCUCUCCCUGAUUGGCAGCAGGACGUCCCGCCCCGUGGCUCUGGGAACGGGCCGGGAGGGGCCGCGGGGGGGGGGGGGGGGCGCUGGGACGGAGGCUGAGCCCAGGCUCCCUCGACGGCGGGGCCCUGGGCGCCGGGACCAGCCUCGGCCCCGUCCCCGAGGUCCCCUGGGGGCCCAGGCGGGGAGGGGUCCGGCACGGUCGGAGCUGCCCCCCGCCCUCCAGCACCGCAGGCCCUGGGUGCACCCAGGGGAGGUCAGGGGGUCCCGGGUGCUGCCCCCCGACAGGGACUGAGACCCCUGCGGAGCUUCGAUGCCUGCUUGUGCUGGGUGCGAGGCCUGGGCCUCCUUCCUGGUCUAAUGCCCUGGCCUAACGCUGUGAUCUGGUGGUGACCUGGGGGGCUUGUCGGCUGGCUCCGUGUGUUCACAGCGACUUGGGCACUGCGGAGAUUUACCUUGUCUUGGGGCCAGGGCAGGGAAGGGGUACCUGGGCAGGUGGGCAUGGCCAGCACUUGUCUUCUGGCUCUGGCCUCCCCUCUGAUCCCUGCCUCUGACGGCCCCAGGGGCUGGCAGGGGUGGGCAUCCCUUGGUGCGACCCCUCCCAGCUGGUGGUGGCACUGGUGACAGCCUUGCAUGCAGGGCUGAUGCUGGGUGCGGGCACCAACCAAAUGUGCAAAGCAUUUGCUGGGGGGUAGAAGGGGUGGGAGAAGAGCCCCUGGCACCUCGGGGCUCAAACAAGCACCUUUUCAUAGGGCAUGAAAAGUCCUUUGGCCCGCGUUCCCUACAGCUGCCCUUUGUCUGCGGGCGCGAUGUGAAGCCACCAUUGUGGGAGCGGGAGCGAACAGGGAGGGCUUGUACCUAGCGGGCUUCCAGGACGUGCAGUUUCCCAGAGAACGGGAAGCGAGCUGCUGGAGCAAGUGACUCAGGCUGGAGGCCGGGGGUGGCAGCCCCGCUGACGCGGGCUCAGGCCCCCGCUUCCCGCAGCUCCACGGAGCCCCCAUUGGGUGAGCGGGGAUGGAGCUCUCGGCCAAUUGGGUGCUGAUCUGAAGCAGGGGGAUCUGCUUCCCCCCCCCCCCCCUUCACGCUGGGGCUGUGAUUCAGCUCCCCUCCCCCAGCCCACCCCCUCCGCUCGGAUGCUGGCAGCCAGAGCUACAGCCUGCUACAGCCCCGGAGCUGCUUCCCGAGCCGUGGAAGAGAGACCUGGGGAUUUUUAGCAGCUCCCUGGUGCUGGUUGUGUCCCGGGUCCGGCCUUGGGCCAGAUGCGUGUGAGCAUGGAGAGCAUCAGCCUCCAGCGACCCGCCUGGAAAUGGCAAGUACUGAGUUUGUUUUCGCUCUGCGGCUGGGGCUGGGUCUCCGGGCAGAUCCGCUACUCGGUGGUUGAGGAGUCAGAUGUGGGGACCGUGGUGGGGAACGUGGCCCAGGACCUGGGCUUGAAGGUGGAGGAGCUGCCAGGCCGCAGGCUGCGCCUGGGAUCAGAGGAGAACCUGCGCCACUUCGCCGUGCGCCUGGACACCGGUGCGCUGGUGGUGAGUGAGCCGUUGGACCGGGAGCGCCUGUGCGGAGCUGCUGCCAGCUGCGUGCUGUCAGUGCAGGUGGUGACAGAGAAUCCCCUGCAGCUCUUCCGCCUCGAAGUGGAGAUCCUGGACGUGAAUGACAACUCCCCCAGCUUCCCCACCGCCCACCGCAGCCUGCGCAUCGCCGAGUCCGCCGCAGUGGCUGCGCGCUUCCCCUUGGAGAGCGCGCAGGACCCAGAUGUGGGCACCAACACCGUGGGCUCCUACCGGCUGAGCCCCAACUCCCACUUCUCCCUGGACGUCAAACAGCUGCAGGAUGGCAAACUCUUCCCGGAGCUGGUGCUGGAGCGUGCCCUGGACCGGGAAGAGCAGCCAGAACUGCAGCUGGUGCUGACAGCCAUGGACGGGGGCAGCCCGUCCCGCUCGGGCACAGCGCAGAUAACAGUCCAGGUCUUGGACAUCAAUGACAAUGCGCCCACUUUUGACCACGCCGCAUACAAGGUGCAAGUCCUGGAAAACACACCUGUGGGGGCCCUGCUCCUCCGGCUCAAUGCAUCGGACCCUGACGAGGGCCCGAAUGGGGAGACACAGUACUCCUUCGGGGUGCACACCUCCGACACAGUCCGGAAGCUCUUUGCCCUGGACCCCCACAGCGGUGAGGUGCGGGUGAGUGGGGCGCUGGACUUUGAGGAAUCACCCUUCUACGAGAUCCACGUGCGAGCCCGCGAUGGUGGUGUGCCGGAGAUGGAGGGGCACUGUGUGCUGCGGGUAGAGGUGGAGGAUGCCAACGACAACCCCCCGGAGGUGCUGCUCACCUCCCUGCUGAACCCAGUGCCAGAAGACACCCCACUGGAGACCGUUGUGGGGCUCUUCAACGUGCGGGACCGAGACUCAGGGGUCAACGGGGAUGUGAGCCUGGAAAUCUCCCCCAGCGUGCCAUUUGCCAUCAGGUCCCUGCAGAACCACUACUCCCUGGUCACCCGGGAGAACCUGGAUCGAGAGUCCACCUUGCAGUACACAGUGGAGCUGACCGCCCAGGAUGGAGGGUCUCCUGCCCUCACCACAAGGCUCACGCUACUCCUCAACAUAUCUGACGUGAAUGACAACCCGCCACGCUUCUUGCAGCCCUCCUACGAUGCCUUCCUCCCGGAGAACAGCCCACCAGGCUCCCUGCUCUGCACUGUCUCUGCUUCAGACCCCGAUGAUGGGGACAAUUCCCGUCUUGUUUACUCCAUAGAGGGUGGCCAUGUGCAGGGUGCCCCUGCCUCUUCCUAUGUCCACAUCAACCCUGACAAUGGCAACCUCUAUGCUCAGCGCACCUUUGACUUCGAGCUGCUGCAGGUUCUGCCAGUCUUGGUGGCCGUGCGAGAUUCGGGAUCCCCCCCUCUCCGCGCCAACGUUACAGUCUACAUCUUUGUGCUGGACCAGAACGACCACCCCCCCACCAUCCUGCACCCAGCCAGUGAUGGCGAUGUCCCAGCACCCCAGAGGGUCCCACUGUCUGCCCCACCAGGUUACCUGGUGACCAAGGUGACAGCGGUGGAUGCAGACGCUGGGUACAACGCCUGGCUCUCAUACCGCCUGCUGCCACAGUCCACCGACCCCUCCUUGUUCCACGUGUCCCUGUACACCGGGGAGGUGCGGACGGCACGCGCCCUGCGAGACACCGACGUGGCGGCGCAGCAGGUCCUUAUCCUGGUGGCGGACAACGGCGAGCCACCGCUCUCCACCACCGUCACCAUCAGCGUGGCCCUGGAGGAGGAGGCCUUGGAGGAGAGCUACAAGCCUCGGGAUUUCCUGGCUGGUGCCAAGGAGAAACCGGACCUGACCCUCUACCUGAUCAUCACACUGGCAGCCGUUAGCACCGUGGCACUUGCCACUAUCACCCUCCUCGCCGCCCGGUGCCUGCGGCGCAGGGGCCGUGCUGCCGCCUCACCCUGCUGCUGCUGGCUGAGCGAGUCACCGUCCCGGGACUUCUUCAAGCACUCCAGCCCGAAGCUGCAGCUCAGCUCCGACGGCACCCUCAAGUACAUGGAGGUCACCCUGCGGCCCACCGACUCCCAGACCCAGUGCUACGGCACCUGCUUCUCGCCCGGCUCCGACCGGAGCGACUUCACCUUCCUGCGCCCCUGCCCGCCCCCCGGCACCCUCCCGAGGGAAACCGGGGCUUUCCUCUCCGCUACCGGCACCCUGCAGGACCCCGGCCAGCAAGCUCAGCCUAACACAGACUGGCGCUUCUCUCAGACCCAGAGACCUGGAACGAGUGGCUCCCAGAAUGGAGAGGAAGGUGGAGCCUGGCCGAACAACCAAUUUGACACGGAGAUGCUGCAAGCCAUGAUCCUGGCGUCGGCAAACGAGGCUGCUGACGGCAACUCGACGCUCGGGGGGGGCACGGGCACCAUGGGUCUGAGCGCCCGCUACGGCCCCCAGUUCACCCUGCAGCACGUCCCCGAUUACCGGCAGAACGUCUACAUCCCGGGCAGCACCGCCACCCUCACCAAUGCCGCCGGCAAGCGCGAUGCCAAGGGCGCCGGGUCCUCAGGUGGCAACAAGAAGAAAUCCGGGAAGAAGGAGAAGGAGAAGAAGUAGAGAGGAGACCUCAGAGCGUCAGGGCAGCGCGCUCCAGCACUCCCCCAAAACACAGGAGGACGAAUGUGGAUUUUAUUUUAUUUUUUAAUGAUUUUUUUUUGGUGAUGCGAAAGUUAGGAAGCGCUGCGAAUGUAUCAUCAUCAUCAGAGCUAGGAGCAGGGUGUCUCUGCUGUUAGAUCUCAUGAUGAAAACCAAUCCGGAAAAUGAAAGCUAACGCAAACAAGUGCCCUGUUAAUACUAGCCAACGUUUUAUACGACCCCUCGGGUAUUAGAAUAUGCAAGGUGGAAGGGCUUCUGCCAUGUCUUCGGACUUGAUUUGCUCCCAGAUUGUCCGAGAAAGGCACAAGGCUUGUGCUCGGCUUUGUCCAGUGUAAAUAAUUUUAACAGCGAUCUUUUAAUUUAUAGACCUUUGAUCAUUUUUGGAAAGAAAAAGCAACUUCCUAGCCUAGAACCCAUGCUCCAGAUUUUUUGCUCUUUAACUUUCCUGUAGCGAAAUUCACCCUGAGCUAGUCAUAGCAGUGGAUUUGUUGGUAAGGAGUGCUUCGGUUCCUGUUUACCUGUUACCCAUCCCCCCCAAAAAAAAGAAAAAAACCAAGUGUUUAUAUUGCAUGAAUCAAAGGGAACAAUGCAGAGCUGCAUCCUAAACAUUUAUUUUUUUUUUAAGUGCAACCAGCGAUGGCCUGAAAAAUGAGAUAAAAACUCCUGGUGUCUGAGCAGGAGGGAAUUCAGCGCGGGGCUCCUGAGGUGCGCACAGCUGCCCCGGCGGUUCUGGGGGUCUCUGAAGAGCAGACACAUCUCAUCCCUCUUUUGCAGUAAAUAUUUAUAUGUACAGUAAAUGUCCUUUUGGAAUUAAAGCUAAGGGAGUCACAGCCCCCCCCGCGGCAGGCUCCUUCCACCCAUGAGGGGGGGCCGGGGGCCUGCCCACGUCUCCCCCCGUCGCUCCUGCAUGCCCGUCACUGGCGUCACGCCUGCAGCAGCACACUGUGCUCCACAGACCCCGGGGUGUCCUCGCAUGCCCACGCAGCUCGGGGUGAAGGCACCGGUGGAGGCGCCGUGUCUGUCUGGGGCUGGGGGGGUCACCGUUUUGUACUGGGGCGGGGGUGUUGGGUACUGAGUAAGUGACAGUUGGCGCAGUGGCACCUGGGGACACAACCCAGGCCAGGGACCAGCAAGCUGGGGGUGAGUGCGUGGUGUCCCUGCAAAGGGGGGUGCAGCUGGCACCAGGAGGGCGGAGGUGGCGCUGGCUUUGGGAUUGCCACCCCGCAGAGGGAGCAGGAGGAUGAGGAAUAGGAUUUCUCCACACUGCGCACCUUCCAAGCAAACCCAUCCCGGAGGAGGGUCCCGGUGGCCUCAGCAGCACUGCCCGUGCCACCCACUGCUCGGGGCACCCCAAGCUUCCCGUUUCAGAGCAGUCAUGGGCGCCCGUGUGGGCAGAGAGGGGCUUUUGGUACCCAGAGGUGGGGAGGCAGUAGCCACCUCGGGGUCUGCUCAGUUUCCUGCGGGUUCCUUUUUCUCUUUUUAAUCACUAACACAUAACUCACCCGAGCAGGUCCAGCCCCGCACAGGAUGCUCACGGCGCCCCGUCCACCUCCACGGCUGCAGGGAGCAGCCCCCACCCCUAGUGCCGCUUCCACAGGCCCACGUAGCUGCCACGUCCGCUCUAGAAACGCUGUAGAUGAAUCGUAGUCUUUAUAUUUCUUUUUAAUCUGCAAGCUGAAGGUAGUGUAGUGAGUGUCGUGUAUUUAGUGGCGUGUUAUUUUUAUCUCGGUAACUAACUUGUGGACACCAGUAUUUUCGAUUUCUCUGUAUCUUCUUUCCAUGUGGUCUGUGCUCCGAGUGUACGUGAGAUGAAACACGUUUGCCCCCUCAAUGUGUCUAAUAUUGAAUUAUACUUAUAUAUUAUAUAUAUGCUUAUAUCCUUCUUAUACCCAUAUAGACCAACGUCAAUGUGUUACACGCAAGUUUUAUACUCUAAUAUUUAUAUUGCUUUUUUUCUUUGGGAAAAAAAAAUAAUAAAAUGGUUUCUUCUG